GCUGGAAAGUUUUUUACAGUUAUUUGUUGUUUAGAUUGGCAGACAUAUCCUGAAACAAAUUGUUGAUUGAUUCCGGAUAACCAACUCAGUUGUUUUAAUAAUGACGAUUUUUUUGUAACACUUUAUUCAGUGAGAUUUUUGCAACAUGAUUCAAUUAGUUCUGGUGGCUGCUGUGUUAGCAGCCAUUUUGUAUUACUUCUGCAUCAAACCCAUGAACUACUGGAGAGAACGAGGUGUCAAACAGAACGAUCAUCCAGUAUGGCUAUUUGGAGAGAACUGGAGAACAACAAUCAGAAAGGAAAGCUUUUUUGAGUUAGUUGUCAGGUGUUAUAACCAAUUUCAAGGCACAAGAUAUCAUGGGAUCUAUCAACUCAUUCAACCUACUUUAUUGAUAAAAGAUCCUGAACUACUGAGAAAAAUCACUGUUAAAGAUUUUGAUCACUUCACUGACCACAGAAGCUUUUUUUCAGAAGAGACUGAUCCUCUAUGGGGCAAAAAUUUAUUUACAUUGAGAGGUAGAAAAUGGCGAGAAAUGCGACCUAUUCUCAGCCCAUCGUUCACUAGUAGCAAAAUGCGAACAAUGUUUGUUCUGAUUUCGAAAUGUUCUAAGGACUUCGUCAAUCAUUUUCUCAAGAAAGACCAAGACUGUGUAGAAAUGGAAAUGAAAGACACAUUCACCCGUUUUACUAACGAUGUUAUAGCCACCUCUGCCUUUGGUGUGAAAGUCGAUUCACUUGAAGAACCAAAUAAUGAAUUUUAUUCGAUGGGAAAGAGGGCAACAGAUUUUUCAGGAUUCGCAAUGAUGUUGAAGUUCAUAGGAUUUUUCGUGGCUCCUGAUCUUUUAAAGUAUCUGCGGAUAUCAUUCAUGGAUUCAGCAGUUAACAGAUUUUUCUGCGAUCUGGUUGAUAAUACCAUACAAGUUCGGGAAAAAAACAAUAUAAUUCGACCUGAUAUGAUUCAUCUAUUGAUGGAAGCGAAAAAAGGAGUUCAUCACAAAGAUGAAAAUUCAGGCGUGGAUACAGGAUUUGCCACAGUUGAGGAAGCUGACCUUGGAAAAGGGCAAGCCACUGAACUAACAAACUCUGAUAUCACAGCUCAGGCUUUGCUAUUUUUCUUUGCCGGGUUUGAUUCGGUGUCUUCGCUCAUGUGCUUCAUGUCCCAUGAGUUGGCUAUCCAUCCAGACAUCCAAACGAGAUUAAGAAAUGAAAUUGAAGACACACUGGCGGAAUGUGGAGGAAAAAUAACAUAUGAAGCAUUAUUGAAAAUGAAAUAUAUGGAUAUGGUUAUAUCAGAAUCUUUGAGGAAAUGGCCAAGUACUGUAUCAACAGACCGAGUUUGUACGAAACCUUAUACGAUAGAGGCGAUGAAUGCAGAUGAAAAACCACUACAUAUCGAAAAAGGCAUAACACUGAUGAUCCCUAUGGUAGGAAUACAUUAUGAUCCCAAAUAUUAUCCAGAUCCAGAACGUUUUGAUCCGGAGAGAUUUAGUGAUGAAAAUAAAGGAAAAAUCGACCCCUUCACCUAUAUGCCCUUUGGACUGGGACCAAGAAUCUGUAUAGGCUCUAGAUUUGCUCUUCUAGAAACGAAACUGUUAUUUUUCCACCUCUUAUCGCAUUUUGAAUUGGUUCCUGUAGAGAAAACUCAAAUUCCACUGAAACUGUCUAAAUGGACUUUCAACCUAAUGGCAGAAAAGGGGUUCUGGCUGGGCCUGAAACGAUUGCAGAAAUAAAUAAGUUAUUUGUCAAAAUUCCAACUAUCACUUGAAAAUUGUUAUAAAUAAAAUUAAUAUUACUCAUA